GGCGGCUGCGCGCGCAUCCGAGGGCGAGCCAGGGCGCGCGAGCGCGCGUGAGGGUGAGAGAAACGGGCGGGGAGGCGGCAGCGCGGCCUCGCCCUCGUCGCAGCGAAGCGGAAAGAAGGAGCGGGCGGAAGACGUCACCGCUCCGGAGGGCGGCCGGGCUCGCGCUCUCCCCUCCCUCCCAAACAGGGGAAGGAGAGCGGGCGGAGCUUACUUCGGUGGGGCGAGCUUCCGGCGCGGAUCUCGCGCGCGCCCGCGCGCGCAGCAGCCAGGUGACUGCCGGAAAUCUGGGUGGACGCGGCUGAGGCGGCUGAGGCAGCUGAGGCGGCGGCGGGGCAGAGCGCGACGCGAGUAGAGGGCGGCGCGCGCGCUUUCCCCUCCCCCCUCCCUCGAGCGCGCGUGCGCGUGCGUGCCUUCGUGCGAGCGCGUGGACGCGUGCGCCUGAGCGAGCGAGCGAGCGGCUGAGGGAGAGCGAGAGGGAGAGAGAGCCGGAGCGGGCGGACUGACUGACGGGCGGGCGGAAGGCAGACCGGGCUGGGCCUGACGGCGGCGGCGGCACAGGCAGAAGGACUCGGGCGGAGAAGAUGGCGGACGGGGACAGCGGGAGCGAGCGAGGCGGCAGCGGCAGCGGCAGCGGGGGAGGCGGCGGCGGUAGUGGCGGCGGCGGCUUCCAGGGCCACCGCGGCGGCGGUGGCGGCGGCGGCGGCGGCGGGGCCGGGCCGGGCCCGGAGCAGGAGACGCAGGAGCUGGCCUCGAAGCGGCUGGACAUCCAGAACAAGCGCUUCUACCUGGACGUGAAGCAGAACGCCAAGGGGCGCUUCCUGAAGAUCGCCGAGGUGGGCGCGGGGGGCUCCAAGAGCCGCCUGACGCUCUCCAUGGCCGUGGCCGCCGAGUUCCGCGACUACUUGGGCGACUUCAUCGAGCACUACGCGCAGCUGGGCCCGAGCAGCCCCGAGCAGCUGGCGCAGGCUUCCCCGGGCGGCGAGGAGGGCGGCGGCGGCGGGCCGCGCCGGGCGCUCAAGAGCGAGUUCCUGGUGCGGGAGAACCGCAAGUACUACCUGGACCUCAAGGAGAACCAGCGCGGCCGCUUCCUCCGCAUCCGCCAGACCAUCAACCGCGGCCCGGGCGGCGGCGGCGGCGCGGGCUUCCCCGGCGGCCCGCCCGGCCUGCAGAGCGGCCAGACCAUCGCGCUGCCGGCCCAGGGCCUGAUCGAGUUCCGCGACGCGCUGGCCAAGCUGAUCGACGACUACGGCGCCGACGAGGACGAGCUGGGCGGCGGCGGCGGGCCCGGCGGGGGCCCCGGCGGCGGCGGCGGCCUGUACGGCGAGCUGCCCGAGGGCACCUCCAUCACGGUGGACUCCAAGCGCUUCUUCUUCGACGUGGGCUGCAACAAGUACGGCGUCUUCCUGCGCGUCAGCGAGGUGAAGCCUUCCUACCGGAACGCCAUCACCGUGCCCUACAAAGCCUGGGCCAAGUUCGGCGGCGCCUUCUGCCGCUACGCCGACGAGAUGCGCGACAUUCAGGAGCGCCAGCGGGACAAGCUCUACGACCGGCGCGCCGGACCGGCCGGGCCGGGCAGCGGCAGCGGCGCAGGGGACGACUCCGACGGGGACGAUGUGGACGACGACUGAGCCUCUCCGCUUCCUCCUCCCCAGAUGACACCCCCUUCCCUCCCCAGCCGCCGCCGCCGCUCCACUGGGGAGGGGGUUGCUAUGGACCGGGGAGGGGGAAGACCCUCGGGGAGCGGAUGGAAAUGGGGCGAAACCUGAUCCUACGUUUCCUUCUCCUCGAGGAGAGGGAGAGAGCAAAGCGUGGAGCCGCCCUGCCUGUCUUGCCUCCACCCACCGCUUCUGGAGCAGCCUCCCCUCCCGAAUUUCCUCUCGUUUUCCCACCCUGUCGUUGCCCCACCAGGAUACAGCAUCUGUCCGUGACUUGGCUCAGCUUUAAGCUCCCCCGGCUUGCCAUUCUCAUCGCCCUGCCUUGUAGAGAGGAAUCCCGGCGACCUCGGUUAACCUCCGUCCUGGCCCAGAGUGGAGAAGAGGGGAUCCUCUCCACCUUGAUCUGCUUGAGCUUCCCGAGGCUUCUCAUCUGCCCUGACUGCUGAAACGUGUGGUGUUUCCCCCCCCACUUUUUUUUUAAUUUAUGGAGGGGGGGAACGGGGAGAGAGAAUUUCAUCCGACCUCAUCUCUCCCUUUCUCUCGGUGCCCUCUCCCCUCUCCUGCAUUUUGAGACCGCGUUCUUCCUCCUCUGCUCUCAACACCAGCAUUCUGGAGACUGCAUGGCCACUGAGCACAAUUGGAAGGAAGAAGAGAAGCUGCCACAAGCGAUCCAAAUCCAGCAGAUCCAAAUCCAGCAGCCUAACCGGGAAGUGUAAAAAAAUCAAGGAUCGUGAACGGGAAGGUUGAAGCCCAAGGCAGAUAGAUGGGGAAGUUGAAAUGGUCCAGGAGGGAGGGAAAGGGGAGACAGGAAAGAUGAGGGAAGCAACCCUGAGAAUGUUCAGAAAGUUGCUUGGAGAGAGGAUGGAGCCUAUAUCUGGACCAACGUCCAAUGUUAUUCUCCUGAAUUUUUACCCGUAAGCUACAGGUGCCUGAACUGGAAUAGAUAACCGAAAUUAUUCUAAAGUUGACAAGGUUCUAAAGGUCAUAAUGAGUUUUUUUUUUCUCUCCUUAGGGGUGGGGUGGGGGUUUGCAAACAGGCAGGUUCAAAAGAGAAAAAAAAGGCAUAAAGCACAAGGAAUGCAGAGUGGACUAGUUGCUGGUCACUAAAGUUCUUCCCCUUCUCUCCAAAUAAGGCGAAAGAGCAAAAUGGCUUUAGGCUUUAGUAGGAAGUAAAAAUUGGAGCUGCCUUUCUCUGGGCUUUUAAAAAGAGGAUCUACUCCAGUAAGGUGGAAUCUGUUCAGUAGCUUGCAAAAGCAUUUAAAUUGUAAUUUGUUAAAAAGAAAAAAGAAUGUGAGGCUUCAACUCUUAAAAAAAAAAAGAAGAAGAAGAGAGGGAAACUGAAAGCUACUUUCACCGUGCAAAUAAGUGGACAUGUUCUAUGAAAAUAGACACCAAGAACCUCAGGUCCAGAAGUCCAGCAUCUGUUGUUGUUUUAACAAGGUUUUUUUUAAAAAAGCAAGAAGAGAACACAAUCCAUUUCCUCAGUACCUCACAUUAUGUUAACAGCAAUGGAUUGUUCAGAGCAAUCUCUGCCCUAUGGGAGGUGCAUAAUCAUCGCGAAAAAGGAGCAGAAUCCAGCCAAGUCCUGUGACUAUGAACACACCCUAGCAGCAUUUUACCACCUUCAAAUUUUACUAUAGACUGGCUACUGCCUAUUCGUCCAGUUGUCUUUCCCAAGUGGAGUUGGGCCUCCCCAUCCAAAGAAUUGCCUCAUCUAUAUUUUAAAUGGAUUCUUACCUAAAAUGAUAUUUUUUUAAACAAAUGAAGUCAGUCCUAUUCCCUCUAAAAAGUGUUUUAGCUACAUUAUAUACUAGCAACUUUGAAUUGAAUGGAAAUUGAUACUGUUCAUUCAAAGUUUCGGGUAUUGUCUGUGUGACAUCUUAGAGGCAGGUAAAACUUCCUCUACAAUCUUUUUAAAUUGUGCAUGCCUGUCCUUUAUUUGAGCUGCCUUUUUAAUUUAUUGCAUACCCAUAUUUACCUUAUUUUGGCAUUGCUCUUCUCUAUACUGUCUUUGUUUUGUAUUUAUUAGAAAGCAAAGAGGCAUAUAAAAGGCAUUUCCUCACUGGAAUUUUUUCUAAAAAGAAUUGGGUUUUGCUACAGUUAUAAAACUCAGCAAAUGUCAAAUUAGUUUAUCACAAACAACAAUUGUUUAUUUUAAAAGCUGUUUCUUUAUUCCAUGUGUUCAUGGUAGAUCUUAUAUACUUGGGGGGGGGGAACCCUUCUUUCCAUUUUUCUCCGUUGCAAAGAACUUGUUUCCUGAAUUGUAAUGGGAGCAAUAGUAUUUCUUGAUGUUUUAAUUACAUCCAUAUACUUGUACUGUAUUUUGUACUCUCCGAGGCAGCUGUUUUCAAUAAUGUCCUGCUGUAUUUACCUAUGUAUAUUUUUUGUUCUAUUGUAUUUAGUUCUUUGCUGCGGAGAACAAUAUUCACCCACAAAAAAAAUUCAGCGUACAAGGAUCGUAGCCUGGGUAGGAACUGCAGAAAACUCUGCUUAACUAAUGAGGCUUAAAAGGCAGCAGUGAAAAUGGAGGCUGCAGAUGCUUAAUAUCUAUUGCUGUAAUUCUUCACUCAAUUUAAAACAGUGUAUAAUACUUGUAUAGACCAACAUUUUUGUUGCGUUAGUGGUAAUCUCGAUUCCCUCCCCUCUUUUUAUUUUGUUUUGUUUUGUUGCUCAGCUGCCAUGAGCCAGUUCUUGCAAAGAUGCAGUACCUCUCCUUUUCAGGAGAACCUUUGGGGGUUUGGGGGGGGGGGCUGAAUUGUUGUAGUAACUAGCCUUACCUUUGUAUUACAUGGUAGUGACAGGAUGUUGACUGUCCCUGGCCAGGGGCUAUAUAAGCUAUAAUUAGCUGCCCCAAAGUAUGUGGAAGCCGACAGAAGCAUAUCAGUUGUUUAGCAAGGAGCAUUGCCAUAUAUGGUGUUGCCUUUGGCAACAGGAAGAGGCUCCUGUAGUCAUUGUAGACCAGCUAAACUGAUAUUGAGUACACCAAGUGAUACAUGACCCUCCUUCAAGGUGUGCAGUUAGGGUGACAGUGCAAGAUGUCAGUAGGAUACUAAGGUGUUGGGUCUGCUUGUGCUCACAUAUAAGCUAUAGGCGUUUAACUAUUCACAAAUAUUGAGGCUAUCAUGCUACAUCGGGUCAAUGCCCAAGAUUCUUUCUAGAGAGAAUUGAAUUCUGGUGCCACAAGCCUCGCUUAGAUGUAACGUAUUUCAGUGAGGAAACCAUUCCUUAUGCUUAUUGGAGAACAGGGAAACUUGCCUGAAAUCUAUCUGUCUAUCUAUCUAUAUAUAUAUUACCUUUCCCCAUGUAGAACUUAAAAUUUCUGGGCUUAAACAACAGCGGAGGCUGCAGAUACAUUUCUGAUUAAUUUGGAAGCAUGAAUUGGCCUCUGCUGAGGAGAGGGGGUCUCCAUUGCUUAUGGCAAAGCAUUAGAAAUCUCUGCCUUCCCGGUUGCUACCACAAUUUUGCACAAACCCUCCGUGACCGGUUUCUGCAGAUUGCAAACGGGCACCUUUGUGUCUGGAUAAGCUACUGUUCACGCGAGGCCAAACUCAACCACAUUAGGAAAACCCAUUACCCUGGAUCCAAUCCAACACGAGUGAACUUUAGUAUUCCUGCUAUACUCCUGUGCUUAAAUGUCCAUUUGAGUAAUGAAAAGCUUCUCUAUUCUUGUUGCUGCAGUUAACUCAUAUCGAUCUCUUUCUGCAGCGAUGUUUGUUGACCGUGUGUCGGUGCAUUUUUGCAAGCUUCCAUAUCCUGCAAGCCUACGAUUAAACAGCUUGAUCCCAGUGAAGUUGGGAGGUGAGCUGUGAAAGGUUAGGCGUGUUGUUUUAGGUGGCUUGUGGAUUGCAUUGUCAUCUUUACCUGUAGAUUUUGUGGGGGGGGGGAAAUGGGUCACCUCUGUAUCUGGCAUUUCUAGGUAUUCCCCUUAGAAUGGUGCAUCUGCUGUACAAACAAAAUGUAAAUCUUGUAUAGCACCAAAAAUUGUAAAUAUGCGAGACAUACAGGUAUAAACGCCCGUAGCUUUAGCUCACAUCUAGUUAUGGGCCGUGUUCCUAUUUCCAUAGCUAUCUGCUUCAGAGUGAUUGCAGGCCUAACAGAGGAGGCUGAGUCCUCAAAGAGAAAGCAAUUCCCGUUGCUUACCCUGAAAUCCUCUUUGCACAAAUCACAGAUUAUUUUUUUUAGUAAGAUUUUAGCUUCUGCUUUAGUGUCUCUAAAAUAACGACUUAACGAUCCUGUCCUUGCUUGUACUUUUUCAGGAUAAUGGGCGCAAGAGGCAGGUUCCAAUAAGCCCCUCAUAUUGAGUGGUCCCUUUGUUGACUGCACACUUCAGGUAUUGGAAUAGCUGAAGAUGGUUUUUGAUUUACUCCCGUCGUUUAAAAAAAAAGUGUAAUAUAUUUGACUCUACAAGACAUCUCAAAAGUGACUAACUCAGGCUACUUUUCUCGUGUGAGGGUGGCAAUUUUAUGAUUUUGGUAGAAAAUUGUUCGUUGCAUAAACAUGCUUGGACAUCUCAAAGUUUUAAUAGAAAGAUGGUGGUACUUGAUCUGAUGCACAAUUUAAUCUCUCAGCAGAUAUUCACUUUUUUGUUUUUGUUUUUUAAAAAAAUGUGGCCUUGAUUCUUCAAAGGAGGAAAGGGAAACUUGCUUUCCCUAUAUGUAAGUGGCACUUUUUUUGGCUUCAAAACUGAUUCUGCAAGUUCUUCGUAGACAUGAUAUUGAUAUGCUUCCUUUUAUAAGCAAGUGAACUGGUCAAUGUAUUGAAAUAUGUUUGCUAUGAAUUUAGUUUUAUAAAGGAACAAGAAUGCCUGAGACUAAAUAUCUAAAACCUAAAGGACCAUUAUGCUCUUUUUAAUAGCAGUAAUCACAGUUAUUUCUGAAGAAAUGCAGUGUAGAUCAUUUUAGUUUCACCGAGCACAAUCCUGCAGGCACAGCAGCUACAUUACUUAAUGGGUUUGUGUCAGAUGCUUGUAAUUUUUGUAGUCUAUCUGGGGAUAGUUUGAUAUGAAUGCUUCCAGAUAUCUAGUACCCUUCUCAAAUUAAAAAUUGCAGAAAGAAGACAGAGCAAUCAGGUUUACUGUGCAGUGAUAUUCUGCAGAUGGACGUUUCCAAAUGAGUACAAAUACCAAGCAGUGAUACGUAGGUAUAUUUCUUGAUUCUUUGUUCACUCUAAUGAACAAUCUGUGGUGUAAAUACAUAAUCUUCAUGGUCGCUUGAUCUGAAAUAUAAUCUGUGGUAGUCUGAUUCCAGAUGUGUGAGAGGUUUUUAGAAGUCUUGCCUCUUGUCAGUAUUGCUGAUUAUGAUCGUUUUUAGUGUCAUCAAAAUUGCAAUAGUUAAAUGUUGUGCUUGAGCAUUCACUGAAUCAUUUUGAUUGAGGAAAUUUUUCUUCAAUUUGCAUAGAUGGAAAGAUUUAAUAGAUUAUGACUACAGAUGACAGAAAAGUCUGGUUGAAGUGAAAUAAUUCGUAUUUCCCCCCCCCCCCCUUUUGCAGGUUCCAAGAAACUUCAGCUUUUGCACUUUGUAGCUUUUAUAGCCAUUAGUGAUUACACACACACACACACACACACACACACACCAAGAUUUUGUUUUGUUUUGUUUUGCAGAUAAUGUGACAUUGAGGAGUGGAACGUAGCCAAAUCUAAUAGCUGUCUCCUGCAGGAUUAAAAGAAAUUUUAAUAGCUGAAGCAAACAUUCAAACAUCAGGAUGUAACCAUGGAUGGAUUACUACCUCUUGUAUCUGUAAUAUCACAGUUAUCUGCAAUGGUGCUAGACUUAAUUUCACCUUAAAUAUACUUACAUUGCUUUUCUGUUGUAAUGUAUAGUAGAUUUGGUUUUUCCAUUGUGAAAUUCCCUAUUAUGGUCUAGACAUUAAAACAACUACCACAGAGUUGUAAAAAAAGAGAACAGUAACCAAAUGGCGAUACACAAUGGAGCAGCUACUUUUUAUUAGUUUGAGCUAGACUGGAUUUUUCAGACAAGCCCCUUCUCAAGGGAGGGUUUUCAAAAUAAGUUCGUAGCACAGAGGAAUUCUAGUUUGUCAAGAGGAAGGGCCUAAAAUUAUGCUCCACGCCUAUAAUUCCACUGAAUGCAGUGAAAGAUUUCUGCCCCCUGAUUUUCAACAUAAAAUUCUGUGAUUGUGGAAUUUAAACCUAGCUACAUUUAUUAAUUUGUGUCUAAUUUUGGAAAUGUGAAUAAAAUGACAGGCUCUGUAGGAGUAGGAUUCCGACCAAUGGGAUUUCUCCCAAUGGCAGUUCCACCCUUGCUUAUCUUUCACACUUUUUAUUGGAGGUUUUCUAAUGAGAAGCAUUAGUCUGCCAACAUGUUUACUUAAAUAAGGAAUAUUCAUGGAUUUACAUAGGAUGAAAGUGUUUCUUUUGCUACUCUCUUUCCUUCUAUCCCUCCAUUUUAAAAUUUGACAAGAAGAUAGUGCUCUACUAACAAAUGCCAACAACAUUUUUAUCUCUGAAAUUCGGCAUAAGGAAGAUUUAGUGUGCUUUGUCAAAGCCAUUUGUAAAAUGCUGCUAUGUAGCCUUAAUAUUGUAAUGUAUUGUGUGUGUAUAUAUAUGUACAUAUACACUUAAAUACAAAGUAAGUGGCCCACAGCUAAGAAGCAGAAGUUUGUGGUUUGUUGUAGCUGGUUCCUGCUUUGUGUAGCCAAGAUAGAUUGUAUUUAAAACUUGCAGAAAGAAAAUAAUUUAAAACAGCAGUCACUGCUCAUCAUUUUAACCUAGGCAAAUGUCGAAGGCCAAAUAUUUAAUUUCUUGCCCUGGUUUUUUUUUGUGUGUGUUGAAAGGCCUUCUAGUUAGAAAAUCCCUACAUUUGAAUUUAAGUGGGAUUUACAAGCAGAAUGCAGCUUAAAAUUCUUGUUUUCCCCUCGUGAAAAUUGGAAGUAUUGGACCAUUACGUUUCAAUUUAAAAUGCUGUGCCAGGUGGGUUCCUGGGUGAUGUGGCUUGUGCAGAAUCUCUGAAUAGUUGAACCCGGCCACUUUUUAUAAGAGAAGGCAGAACUUUGGUAGACUUAUUCACCUAUUAAUGAAGCUGCGGUGAACUUUUUUCCUUUGGCACGUUGAUCUUGCAAGUAUAGCUGGAUAACCCACUUCUGGUAUCUGGCACAGUGUGUUGUUGCUGAAAGUAGAGGCUCACCCCUCCUCCUUUCCAGAAAGGUUAGCGGAAAGAUGAGUCCUAACACUUCAGCAAAAGGAGGGUUUUCUGACUGAUCAUCUGUGGAUCAGAGUUUAACAAAUGUGCUAGACAAAGCUAAGAACCCAUCCGCCCUCCGUGAGAAAGCUUUGCAGUGCCAUUGGUUCUCCAGCUGAUGCACAAGCCAGGAGAAGCCCACCCUGGUUGAAACAUAUCAAAAUCAAGUGAGCUUUGAGCAGCGGCUGUUCUGGUGGUGAGAAGUUUAUUCUUGCUGACGUUACAUUGCCAGGCCUUGAACGGCUGGCAGUCUUCCAUGUUCUCUCAAGAACCACUGGAACAAGCGCUUUAGUUCUGAUUUUGGAAAUCCUGCUCUUUUUUGCAACUCAGUUGAACAAACGUUUGCACAACGGGUAGAAUUUUCAAGCACACGUUCUGUAUUGGAAAGAUACGGAUCUUUUUCCAAGGAAGGGGCUAAUAAUCAACUCAUCCAAAGUUCGGUUCCUUGUAAUAACUGAAACUCUCGCUAAGUGUCCUGCCAGUGGGUUUCUCGAAACUAAAGUCGGGAUGAUGAAACAAAAAAUGGCAAAGUUAUGGGGAAUCAGAACAGCCGGGAAUGAAAAUUGGCUGGGCUGAAUGUAUAAUAUCAGAAAGUAAGCAAAUAAUUUAGUUUGAUAUGGCAUUAAGAAAAACUCAUGCAAGUGAUAAUUGAUCAUAUAAAGAUGUAAUCAGCCAACCCAUUUGUAAAUAUACACCUUUGUACAUUGUAUACAUAGAAACAGAUGUCUGUGUACACAUACACAUGUAUGUACAUGUGUACACAUGUAUGUACGUACAUGUAUAUGUAAUUAUACAAUUGUUUCUCUGCUAGAUGCAAAAAUAGCUCUAUAAAUACAUAAAUUCUAGAAAUUUGUAGUAAUAUAGGACUGAUUUCAGGAAUAUCUGCUGAGAGACCAAAAAGUUCACUUUUAAGUACCUUAAUAAAAAAAAAUAAAGUUUAUUCCUCGUUUAUUUUUUUAUUAAAAUUUAAAUGCACUUUAAAUGGCAACCUACAUACGCAGACAUAGCUGCAUGGUGCAGUUUCAGACUUGGAAAUGUUGUAUAAAAGUGCAGCACCCAUUGAAAAGAUCUAUUGCUUUCUCACCUGCCAAGCAGAGCGCUGGAAAUGAGUUAAAAUCCGCAGGGUCAAGAGCUGCCUGUUAUCUUGCUGCCCAUUGGCUGAAGCUUAGAUUCUGAUUUCCUGGGGGUGGGGUGGGGGGGCUAGCAGGACUGCUUUUUAAAGAGGCUGUUGUCAAAUAGGCAGGUCCUGGAUUUACCACUAGCUAACUAGCAAAGAAGAAGAAAAAGAGAAAGUCCACAUGACCUGAAUAAUUCCUCAUGCUAGUUGAGCACUCCUUAAAAUAGCAGGUUUUUGCAAAUGGAGUUUUACAGUCUAUAUUUAAAAAUUGUAUGUUUGUAACAAAUAAAAGUAUGCGGAAAAGUGAAUGAACCAUC